GAGUUCCACAACUGGGAAUUAGCGGUUCUGUUUGCCGUAGAAUGCCGAACGAGCGGCGAUGAUAGCAGUUGAUUGAGAUCGACCAAAAAGGUGAUUUUGUUCCCUCAGUGGAGUUUUACCGGUUCGUUUGUUGUGUGUGGUUGACAGGUGCACUAUUUCGGGAGAUAAAAUCCUGACGUUUAUGCUGAGUCCGGCAGCAGUUGACAACAGGUGGUUGUUUUGUUUGUUCCUUGUUUUUUGAGGGUUUUCUUAGACACAAGUGGAGUAGGCUGAUAGAACAGACAGGAAAUGGAUCUGGUGUGGGCGCGCCACCCCGCUGAGGGUUUCGUAUUGGGGAGAAUCCAUGAAAUUAUGGGAGAUGAAGUGGAAAUUAGUCCUAUAGAUUUGAAAUUUCCAAAAAUGACAAUACCAUAUACUGAUAUAUUUCCAACAUCGAAAGAAGACACCAGCAGAGAUUUUGAUGAUAACUGUGAAAUGAUGUUCCUGAAUGAGGGGUCCCUUUUAAAUAAUAUAAGAACGCGAUAUUACAAAAACAAAAUAUAUACAUACGUCGCCAACAUCCUUAUAGCUGUAAACCCAUACAAGGAAAUCCCAUCCCUGUACUCCAGAGAAAUGAUGAAGAGUUAUCAGGGUAGAUCUCUUGGCGAAAAACCUCCCCACGUCUUCGCCAUAGCCGACAAGGCUUUUAGGGACAUGAAAGUUCUCAAACAGUCCCAAUCCAUAAUAGUAUCAGGUGAAUCGGGUGCCGGCAAGACAGAAUCAACUAAGCAUCUUCUGAUCUAUUUAUGCGAUAUGUGGGGUGCUCACGCUGGUCCCAUCGAGCAGAAGAUACUGGAUGCCAACCCGGUGUUAGAAGCCUUCGGAAACGCUAAAACUACACGCAACAAUAACUCCUCAAGAUUCGGCAAGUUUAUCGAGGUUCACUUCGACAAGAAGUUCCAAGUUGUUGGUGGUCACAUUUCCCAUUAUCUACUGGAGAAGUCUAGGAUCUGUUCUCCUAUCGGUGAAGAACGCAGUUAUCAUAUCUUUUAUAUGCUGAUGGCUGGUGCUCCGGAAGACUUAAGGAAGCAGAUAUUCCUCACCAAACCAGAUGAUUUUAACUAUCUUCGUAAGGGCUGUACUCGCUUCUUCACAAACAGCCGCAGUGAAAAAACACUAUCCCCUAAUCAGAAGAGUGCAGAUCACAUCAAUAAUGGUCCACUAAAAGACAUACUUCUGGACGAUGUAGACGAUUUCAAGAUUCUCGAUGAAGCCCUCGACAGAAUAGGUCUGACUCAGUCUGACAGAUUCGAUAUCUACAAAACUGUGGCGGCAGUUCUACAUCUUGGUAAUAUAGAAUUCGAAGAAGACCUGGAUGAUAGAAGAGGAGGAUGUAGAGUGGCCGAAAAUAAGGGGAACAGUUUGAACGUUGCCGCCAAAUUGUUGAACAUUGAUGCCACUGAUCUCAGGCAAGCUUUGGAAUCGAGAGUUAUGCAAAGUACACGAGGCGGCUUGAAAGGAACUGUCAUAAUGGUUCCACUGAAAGUUCAAGAAGCGAUCAACGCAAGAGACGCUCUAGCAAAAGCCAUAUACAGCAACUUAUUUGAUCAUAUUGUUUCAUGCAUAAACCAAAGUAUUCCGUUCAAAGCUUCCAGUUAUUACGUUGGUGUUUUAGAUAUUGCUGGUUUUGAAUUUUUUACUGUCAAUAGUUUCGAACAGUUCUGUAUAAACUAUUGCAACGAAAAACUGCAACAGUUUUUCAAUGAAAAAAUCCUCAAACAUGAACAGGAUCUUUAUAAAAGGGAAGGUUUGAGUGUACCAGAAAUUUCCUUCAUUGAUAACCAAGACUGCAUAAAUCUAAUUGAAGCUAAAUCAAAAGGCAUACUCAACCUCUUAGAUGAGGAAUCUAAAUUACCUAAACCAUCGUAUGUACAUUUCACUAAUGAAGUGCACAAAAACUGGUCCAAUGAAUUCCGAUUAGGUCUGCCUAGAUCUUCGAAAUUGAAGUUACACAGGAAUUUGAGGGACGAUGAAGGAUUUUUGGUCAGGCAUUUUGCCGGUGCUGUUUGCUAUCAAACGGUACAUUUCAUUCAUAAAAACAAUGACGCCUUACAUGCUUCUUUGGAAAGUAUAAUUCAGGAAAGCAAAAGUAAUCUUAUACAAAAAUUGUUCUCCAAUUCCAUGGCACAAAAAGGCAAGCUUACGUUCAUUAGUGUCGGAAAUAAGUUUAAAACUCAGUUAACUGAACUGAUGGAGAAGUUGAAAUUGAAUGGAACCAAUUUCAUACGAUGUAUAAAGCCUAAUAAUAAGAUGGUUGACAAUCAAUUCGAAGGUGCCUUAAGUAUGAUGCAACUCAAGUGCUCUGGAAUGACAAAUGUACUAGAGCUAAUGGAGCAUGGUUAUCCAAGCAGAACCGAAUUUGGUGAUUUGUACAAUAUGUACAAAGAUUAUCUUCCGAAACCCUUGGCUGACUUGAAACCAAAAAUAUUCUGUGAAGCAAUGUUACACAGUUUAAACCUACAUGACAAGGAUUAUAAAUUUGGUAUAACUAGAGUGUUCUUUAGACCUGGAAAGUUCAGCGAAUUCGACCAAAUUAUGAAAUCGGAUCCAGAAAACUUGAAGGAAAUGAUUGGAAAGAUAAAAAAGUUCCUCAUCAAAUCUCGUUGGUUGAAAUGCCAAUUUGGCAUUUUGGCUGUUAUAAAGAUAAAAAACAUAAUGAAAUACAGAAUAUAUUCCCUCAUCCUGCUACAGAAGCAUAUAAGAGGUUAUUUGGUGAAAAAACAAUAUGCGCCCAAAAUUAAACUAUCUCGUCAAUUGAAAAGCUUGGAAAAGAAGCUAAGUAGUAUUCAAGAAAAUUCUAUACAAAUUAAGAGUCGACAAAAUAUCGACGAUGCAGUACAAAGAAUGAGAGAUAAUAUUUCUUCAACCCUAGAGAGUAUCAAGAGCGGCCGAAAACUAACGGAAGUAGACUGUAGCGACAUCUUCAACAAAUUCGAAAAUGACGUUGAUGUGUUAAGGAGAGAAGUACAAAAAAAAUUAGAAGAGCAAAAAAUGGCAGAAGAGCAGGCUAGGCUGAAAAAACUUCAAGAACAAAUGGAGAGAGAAAAGCAACUCAGAGAAGAAGAGAAAAGAAAAAAACAAAAAGAGGAGGAACAGAGGAAAUUAAAAGCUGAAAUGGAGAUUCAACGUAAAAAGGAAGAAGAGGAAAGAAGGAAACAGGAAGAAGCACAGGCCACAUUAGCUCUUGAACAUAAGGCUAGUCUCGAGAAAGAAGCCCUUGAAGAAAAAUUAUAUCAAGAACGUUUGGAACAAGAGAGGCAGGACCAUGAAUUAGCUCUUAGAUUAGCACAAGAAAGCGAUGGUCAAUUGGAAGAAAGUCCAAUUUUGAUGAGGAACAGCGGAGUGGAUUCUGCUCGGCAGUCCUUCAAACUGAACAGGUCGGAAGCAGUGAAGAACCAACAGGCAGCCCUGAGUAAAGGAAAAUAUGAUUUAUCUAAAUGGAAGUACUCUGACCUGAGGGAUACCAUCAACACUUCGUGCGAUAUCGAUCUCUUGGAGGCUUGCCGACAUGAGUUCCAUCGGAGGUUGAAGGUUUAUCAUGCUUGGAAAGCGAAGAAUCAGCGUCGUAGCGUCAUGAAUGAAAAUGAAAGGGCCCCAAGAUCAGUAAUGGAAUCGGCCAAUAAAACUCCAAGACUGCAACCAAAAGUGAAUAAAGAUGAUAAUUAUAAACAAAGAUAUUUCCGUAUACCAUUCACACGUGGAGAUCCCAAUAAAAAAGGUUUCUGGUUUGCCCAUUUUGAUGGACAGUAUGUGGCUAGACAAAUGGAGUUGCAUCCAGAAAAGUGUCCUGUACUAUUGGUAGCAGGUAAAGAUGAUAUGCAAAUGUGCGAACUAUCUUUGGAAGAAACAGGAUUAACAAGGAAGAGAGGAGCAGAGAUUUUGGAAAGUGAAUUCGAGAAAGAAUGGCAAAAAAACGACGGGAAACCUUAUUCAAAACCGUCUGAUCGAAAAAAAUGAGGGGUUAUGAAUUUGCCUCAAUUUGAAAUUGAAAGCUUGUUGAAUAGGAUAGAUAAUAUAGUGUGGUAAUAAUAAAUCAUUAAUAAUGUAUUAAAAUGUAUAGAAAUUUGGAAAUAUAGUUGUUGAAAUUCA